AGUUCGCGCCGAUAAAGCUUUAUCGAAAUACAGAACGGUCGUUUGGUAUCUUGUGAUUUUUAUUUUUGGAUUAUAUUCUCAAUCGUCUCAUUUUAAUACAUUUGUUGAAGAGGCGUGGUUUUAAGACGCAACACACUCCAACAAGUGCAGAAAUCGGCCAUAUUUUAGCAAAGCAUCUGCAAAAACAUUUGAUUACUGGGAAAAGAUUACAGAUUUAUUCUGGGCGUUGAACCGCCUAGAAUGAACUAAAAAAGAAAACAAUGGCUUGGUUGGAAUUUGUUCUCAUUACUCUAUUUUUUCAUGCUGCUAUCUCAUCGGAUAUUACUUGCGAUUGUAAUUCGACAUUUUCAACAAAGACAGUUAAAUCUUACCUAAGUAUUAAGUCAAAUCAUGUUAAUGUGGAAUUAAAUUUAACAUGCUCGUCUUGUAAAUCCAAAUUUGAAUUGAGGAUAGACGAUGGAUCUAUUGCUGAGAUCAGCGGGAAUAAGACACUCUAUGCUUGGAGUGAUGAUGAGAUAUGUUUUAGUGGGAAUAUCAGUUUGAAUUUACUAAAGGUAGGAAAAACAUACAUGGAAAUUUUAGAUCGAGAAAAGUUUUGUCGAAUGAAAGUAACAAAAUUAGAAAUAUUUGUUUUAAAAGAAAAGGGUACUCUAAGCAUGGUAUUUAUCAUUAUCCUAGCAGUCCUUCUUGUCCUCUCAAACAUCGGAUUAGGACUGAAAAUCCAAGUAAAAUUGUUACUCAAACUACUCAAAAAGCCGACAGCUCCACUCAUUGGUAUAAUCUGGCAAUUUUUUGUGAUGGCUCCCUUAAGUUUCGCUAUAGCGAAGGGACUGCAACUGGACUCUGUACUAGCCUUAGGCCUCUUGGCUAUAGGCUGUUCACCUUCUGGCGGUAGUGGGAACAUAUUUGCCAUCUUACUUGAUGCUGAUAUGGAGCUAGCGUUACUCAUGAAUUUGACGGGUCUGAUAGCCGCUCUGGCAACAUCUCCUCUUUGGAUUUGGUUGCUUAAACCUUUUCUAGAGACCUUUGAAACGGAACCGAUAACUAUUUCGGUUGAAAAUGUCUUUGCUUCCCUAGCCAUUGUUUUAUUUCCCGUUGCCAUCGCCAUGGCGAUCACUCUGUGGCAACCAAAAGUCGCCAAAUUCUUGCAGAAAGCACUCAAACCUUGCCUAAUCAUAGUUGGAACUACGUUUUUCGGAUUAGGUGUCGCGGUGUAUUAUUAUGUCAUUCCUUUCCUUCACUGGACUGUUUAUAUCGCAACAUUUCUUCUUCCUUUUAUCGGCUACGUAAGUUCCGGGUUUGCGGCUUACUUUCUUAAAAGUGGAAAAGAACGAGCAAUAACUGUCGGAUGCAUGGUUGGAUUCCAAAACGUAGGUUUAGCUAUGCUGAUGCUUCGUUUAUCUCUACCAGCCCCUGAUGAGGAUAUAGGUGGGGCUGUCCCCAUUGUAUAUAUGAUAAUGGGAGGAUCAUUGCCUACUUUAGCUAUUAUCAUUCGACAAACUCGUUUACAUUUAGAAAAGAGAAAGAAAAAAGGCGAGGAGGCAAAUGUCGAUCAAGAAUUAAGUGAAAAAUGUAAUGGAGAUGGACAUCUCGAAGCAGCUGAACCUCUUAACCAGCCGGAAAAAAUUGAAAAUGAAAAAACAGAGUUAUGAUCUUUUAAUUAUUUUUAGUCUGACACUGCCGGUGUGAUAUUACUUGAGCGGAGAAUGGGGAACGCUUUUUUUUUUCUUAUAUCGUUAUUUUGCAAGUUUUGCAAUUGAUUCUUUGUGCAUAGCUGGUUGUAGGAGUUUUUAUCCGACAUUGGACAUAAGUUAUAUUUUCUCCUUUUUAAGUCUAGAUAUAUCCAUGUACAUAUAUAAGUAUAUAUAUAUAUAUAUAUAUACAUAUAUGCAUAAAAACCAAA